UCUCAUGCUCUUGCCCAAGCCAACAAAAGUGGAGCCCACCAAAAUUACAAAUUUGCCAUCAUCUUCUUCCUCCAACAAACAAACCCAGCACCUGGGUUGAAUCGAACCCAACAGCGCCAUUUUUUUUUUUCCUUCCUCUUCCUUGCCUUGCUUUCUUCAUCAUCAUCAAACACAUCAUCAUCAAACACCGAACCCACAGAAAAAAAAAUAUAUUUUUUACCCCUUGGUUCGAGGAACCCAAGCGUGUUGGGUUCUUCGAACCCACGCCUGGGUUCGACAGAACCCACGCUUGGGUUCCAUGGAACCCAGCUGGUUCGAAGAACCCAGGCAUGGGUUCAAGGGAACCCAGUGCUUGGGUUCCGUCAAACCCGGGGUUGGGUUCCAUGGAACCCAACCUAGGCAAGCAUGCUGGGUUCAGUUCCUUGCGAACCUAGCGCCUGGAUUUAAAUUUGAAGAAAUUUCACCUUCAGUAAUUCUCAACAAUGGCCCGUGAGAUUAUUGAAUGGGAUCAAGGAUGGGAUUGCAUACAGAAGGGGAUCACAAAAUUGAAGAGGAUUUUGGAGGAGCAGCCAGAGGAACAAUUGAGCUCAGAAGAAUAUUUGGAGAUUUGGACAACAAUCUACACCAUGUGUACACAGAAGCGUCCUCAUGAUUAUUCCCAACAGCUUUAUAACAAGUACCGGGAAGCUUUCGAGGAGUAUAUUACUUCAACGGUGUUGCCAUCUUUAAGAGAGAAGCAUGAUGAGUUCAUGCUAAGGGAGCUUGAUAAAAGAUGGUCGAAUCAUAAAGUCAUGGUCCGGUGGCUGUCGCGAUUCUUCCAUUAUCUUGAUAGGUACUUCAUUGCUCGGAGAUCACUUCCUGCACUUAAUGAAGUUGGAUUAACAUGCUUCCGUGAUCAGGUAUACAAUGAAAUAAAAGAUAAAGUCAGAGAUGCCGUAAUUAUCCUGAAAGUGCAACAUGAGUUGCUGGAGGUCUUUGCCAACCAACCACUUGAAAAACAAAUUUCUGCAUGUCGUGCGUUGCUCACAGAUGAUAAGGUGGAUGAUCUUUCCAGGAUGUACAGGCUUUACCAUAAAAUACCCAAGGGAUUGGAACUGAUUGCUAAUACAUUCAAGCAGCAUGUCACUAAUGAGGGUACCGAUCUCUUUCAACAAGCUGAGGAUGCUGCAAGUAACCAGGCUACAACUUCUUCUGGUGCCCCAGGGCAGGUCCUCAUCAGGAAAAUAAUUGAAUUGCAUGAUAAGUACAUGGCUUACGUGACUGACUGUUUUUCAAACAACACACUAUUCCACAAGGCUUUGAAGGAGGCUUAUGAGGUCCUCAUCAGGAAAAUAAUUGAAUUGCAUGAUAAGUACAUGGCCUACGUGACUGACUGUUUUUCAAACAACACACUAUUCCACAAGGCUUUGAAGGAGGCUUUUGAGGUCUUUUGCAACAAAACUGUUGCUGGUGGUUCCAGUGCUGAACUUCUGGCAACUUUCUGUGAUAAUAUCCUCAAGAAAGGGGGAAGUGAGAAAUUGGGUGAUGAAGCUAUUGAAGAAACACUUGAAAAGGUGGUUAAACUUCUUGCGUAUAUUAGUGAUAAAGAUCUUUUUGCUGAGUUCUACUGGAAAAAGCUUGCUCGUCGUCUUCUUUUUGACCGCAGUGCUAAUGAUGAUCAUGAAAGGAGUAUUCUGACUAAGCUGAAGCAGCAGUGUGGGGGACAGUUCACGUCCAAGAUGGAGGGCAUGGUAAGCUCUCUCCACAUUUUAUGCUUUAUUACUUAUCUGUAGGGUAAAUUUAUCUAUGGUAAUAUACAAUUUCUGAUCUC